AUCACAGUUGGGUUUUCUAUUUUCUAAUUCAAAGAAGCUUCAUAAAUUAAGGUUUGUUCACUUCUUUCUCUUGAUGAUAAACCAUCUCCAUCAUCCUCUCACAUCUUCUGCCUCCUCCUCCUCCUUCUUCUCCAGACUCCUUACAACUUUAAUCUUUGUUUCAGAUGUAUUUUUUAAGGUUUGAACAAAGAGGUGUAAAUUUGAUGCUUCCAUCUUGGCAGAGAAAGAAGUAUUUUUGAAUGUGCAGGUGCCAAUCAGAGCAAUGACUAAUCAGAUUGUGUCUCAGUGGUUUGAGCUUGGAAGAAUCUGCACGCAGGCAACCCUUAACCACGGAUAAACAGGCUCUCGGUCAUUUGGUCAAUGAGUUAGCCAGUUUAUUGACCCUGUGCUUAAAUAGACCUGUUGGACUUUCUCCUCCUCCUCCACUAUCUGCCCGCACGCACACACACACACACACACUCACACAACCAUCCCGAACACUUGCUCUGCUGCAGCCAAGAGUACAGCGAGCCCAGCAUCCCGGCUGACCAUGCACCCGGCGCUCCUCUCACUCCUCCUGACAGCCGUACAUGUGUCUGUACUGGUGGAUUGUAGACCGAGGCCCCGGGACUCGCCCGAGCAGCGACCACACCGCCGGCAGAGCAGCGAGCACAGGGGGACACGCACAGACCCGCCGGCUGGUCCGGCUCGGCUCCACAUAGACCUCAGUGGAUCAAUGAAAAGAGGCGUUCACAGAGAGUCUCUGGUUGUUUUGCCAGUGAGAACAGACACAAGCAACUUUGUGUCAAUAUUUGAUUUGAGGAGAAAACGGUUCCUCUGUGUGGACCUGGAGGGAGAGCUGCACGUCUCUAGGCAGAAGGACCAAGCAGAUUGCCUCUUCCAGCGCAUCUGGUUGGACCUGACAAACCCCCGGGACGUGUUUUACUCUGCAACCGGCGGCAAGCUGCUCAAACCGCAGGGGGCUGAGGCCUCCUCGGUGCAGCUGGGGACGCUCCUGGGUCCCUCGGGGAGGAGACAGAGGAGGAGCGAGGAGGUGAACCCCUCCGAUCCGUUGAGAACACACUCGCCUCCCGACCCUUCUGCCAAAGACCACAAGGAGACGUCUCAGGGGCAGCCUGAGCCGGACCAGGCCGGGGCCGUGUCCAAGGAGACCAUCACCUCCUGCGACGACCCCCUGAGGGUCCUCCAACACAACGGGCCCGUCAGUCCCGUCAAGACCAACAUCGCAGACCGGCCCGAGCAAGACUGAGACACUGAACUUCAUCAAGUGACUGAAUCAGGAGGGGGGGGGCAGGUCGUUAUGAUUGUUGUUUGUUUGCGUGAUGGACGUCGGUAGAUGGCUCGUCCUGCAGCGUCAGAGCCACGUGACGACCGGCAGACGACCGCUGGAGUCGGGCCCACGUUAGAGGUCAUUUCGAGAGAAGUCAAUAUUUCACAGCUUCUGAGAAAAGACAAAGAGUUUCAUCAAACCCUUGAGUUGUGUUUUUUUUUUCUGGAGCUUUUCCACGAGCGAAUGGACUCAAACCCUGUUACAUCACUGUUUGAAUAGCAGACAACAUUCGACAUAAUCACGGGACGAGUUUGGUCCAGUGGCCUGUCGUCCUUUAACCUCUUAGGUGGGGUGAGCUUUAAACCCCGGAUCAGAUGUGGGCCAAUGUUUAUUUUGCAUAUGUAAAAAAAAAAGUAUAAUCUGUAAGUAAUUAUGAAUUUUUAUACAGAAAAAAAAGAAAAGAAAAAACAACCAGUGCAUAUUGUUGGAUCCAAUUAUAUCAGGUGCCGGACACCAACAGUCGCAGUAAUAAAAAUAUAUUUAUUUAUUGAAAUGUGUUAAAUGACCCUAGUUCUACUGUUUUAUUAUUUAUAUAUUUCAUGUUGUCUUAUUUCUAAUACGGAAAAAUAAACAUCUAUUCUGUG